AUGAAGCUGUCCAUCUUGGCAACGAUCCUCCUGGCCUCGAGCGGCGUCAACGCCGCCAACGGCUUUGCAAGCUCCUGCAGCAACGUGGCGCUCAGCGGGCUCAUUCUCAGAGGCAGGUGUGACGAGCCCGGUCGAUUUGGCGUAACACCCAGGCAAGACACAAAGCUCGACGUUUCGAAAUGUUUUUCCCUCGACGGUGAGGGCAAGAUUUCUUGCAAAAAGGGAGACAUCGGCGCGUGCAAGUGCCAACUGGCCACCAACAAAUCGAUGACAUGCAAUUGCAACAAUAGCAAAGGUGCCAAGGUGCAAAGCGACGUGGAUCUCGGUGAGUACUCCCACCCCGCGCGUCUCCCGAUCGAGGCUGGCUUUACUAUUUGA